AUGGUUCGCAACCUGGAGUAUCCCAAGAAACCACAGAAUACUGUAAAGCGCUACGAUGGUCGAGGGACUUAUGACCUGGGAGCCAUUCAUUCAAUCAUCAACACCACCUCAGUCCUUCAUGUCUCAUUUGCCCCGAGCCCUGACCAGCCAUUUCCCGCCAUCCUACCCAUGAUCGGCGUCAUGGGCUCAUUCGAGUAUCCGUCCUCGGGCAUUGACGAGCCACUGGACUGCUACCUCCACGGUUAUGUCAGUUCCAGGAUCAUGCGCCUGGCACGAGCCUCGGACAAAGGGCUGCCGCUUUGCGUCGCCGCCACCAAAGUCGAUGGCUUGGUCCUGUCGUUGACUCCAAACUCACAUAGUUACAACUACCGCUCGGCCGUCCUGCAAGGGUAUGCCAAGCCUGUAGAAACCGACGAGGAGAAAUUGUACGCCAUGCGCCUGAUCACCAACAAGGUCGUUGAUGGGCGUUGGGAGAACACUCGCAUUCCGCCUGAUAACGUGGAAAUGACUUCCACCACUAUUCUGAGGGUCAAGGUCGAGACCGGCAGUGGAAAGAUCCGCCAAGGCGGUCCUCAUGAUGAGGCCAAGGAUGAGAAAAGAGACGACGUCACUGAAAAGGUCUGGACGGGCGUCGUGCCGGUGUAUGAGGCCUUUGACACGCCAAUACCGAGUACAACGAACAAGGUGAAGCAGGUGCCAUCGUACCUGGAUGCAUAUGUAUCACAGACGAACAAAGAGAAUCGGCAAGCUGCUCUCGAUGCCGUGAAUGAGCCAUGA